CAAUCGCUGCUCAGAAUUAUGGAUCGGUGGCGUCCAGAUGCUCUGCUGAGGGCGGUUGACUAUGGCUGAUGUACUAUCACCGGUGGGUCAUAGCCAACUUUUAAAGAAUGCCUGGCGUCCGCCUCCAUCUCUCUAGUUCGACUUACUUCUGAAUACCAAGCUCUUUGGCUGCAAUAAGCUCUUCUCUUUCUCUCCAUUCGCUUGACACUCGUGUAUAUUUUCCUCCUUUGAGACAUCCAUAUAGUAGACCAACGAGUCAUGGCUCCCCAAGAGCAUAUCCCCAAGGCGGCGAGCAUACUAGGGAUCAUACCACAAAUCUGGUCCAAUUGGCGACGCAAGCAAACAGAUGGCGUGCCGGGACUGAUGCUCUUCCUUUGGGCAGCAGCCGCUGUACCAUUUGGCGUGUACGACAUCGUCCAGAACUUCAACAUACCUUUACAAGUACAACCGCAAAUAUUCUGCGCCCUGGCGUUAGUAUGCUGGGCGCAAACAUUAAUAUACCAAGACCGCUGGCCGAUAUGGAAGGCCACGCUCGCGGCUGUCAGUACGGGAAUUGCCUUUGGUGGCAUCGAAGCUUUCUUCAUCUUCCUCUUGCGGGAUGAACACGAAAUUGAGCGCGGCUGGCCGAUCCUCGUGAUUGGAAUCUUCGCUGACGUCCUUCUCGCUGUCGGGCUGCUCCCGCCGUAUGGCGAGAUGUGGAAGCGCGGCGGAAGAGUGGUUGGUCUCAACUUUCUCUUCCUCUCGACAGACUUCAUGGGCGCGUUGCUGUCCCUGAUGGCUCUGGUUGUCCAGCAGACGUUUGACGUCCUCGGCGGCACGCUAUACAUUGUCUGCAUGUUUCUCGAAAUCGGCAUUUUCAGCUCGCAUCUCAUCUGGAUGUACCGCAAGCGCCACGUCCGCGCCGCGGCCAAGCGCGUUGGCCUAUCAUACGACGAAUACAUGCGCGGGCGGACAGACAACAAUGACAAUGCGGAAGAGGAGGAGGAUGCGACGCGGCCGCCGGGCACGGCGUCAACGCUUGCCGAGUGCGACGAGGGCGAAGGUCGCAACAAGCGCAAGCACAGCGCGUUUUCGAGCAAGGAGUCUGUGGUGAAAGAGGGGGCGGGGGCCCGGGCGUAGAGGGCGCGCGGUUGGUGGUGGGCUUGAAGCUUG